UUCUUUUUCAGUGCCCUUUUACGUAUAAAAUCACCAUCCAUAUUCGGACAGACAUUCUAAGUAGCAAUGGAGCCAGAUGUUCAUAUGCUUGAAAACGUCCAGAGAUUAUCCACAAAGAGGUUAAGAGGCAAAGUUGCUGUUGUAACUGGGGGAGCAAGAGGUAUUGGGGCAGCCACAGCAAAAAGAUUUGCAGAAAACGGGGCUAACGUUGUGGUUGCUGAUAUUCUUGAUGAUCUAGGACACCCCCUAGCUGAUUCAAUAGGAGGCAGAUACAUCCAUUGUGAUGUUGCUAAUGAAGCAGAUGUAGAAUCAGCUAUCAAUCUUGCAUUGGCAUGGAAAGGCAAACUGGACAUCAUGUUUAACAAUGCAGGUAUUGCAGGCCCUGAUGGAAGCAUUACUAAUCUUGAUAUGGAGCAAGUAAAAUACCUGUUCUCAGUUAAUGUGAAUGGAACUUUACAUGGAAUCAAGCAUGCAGCAAAGGCGAUGAUUAAAGGUCAAAAUGGGGGCUGCAUCAUAUGUUCAUCGAGCUCUGCAGCUAUUAUGGGAGGCCUAGGAUCACAUCCUUACACAUCUUCAAAAGAGGCUAUUGUUGGAUUAAUGAAGAGCACCGCCUGUGAGUUGGGAGUUCAUGGGAUUCGAGUCAAUUGCAUUUCACCUCAUGGUGUCCCUUCAGAGAUGCUUGUUGGUGCCUACAGAAGGAUCUUGGGGAAAGCGGACAUGAAUUCUGAAGAAGUGAGCAAGAUUGUUGGGGAAAGAGGAAGUCUUCUGCGUGGUAGAUGUGCAACUGUGGAAGAUGUGGCUCAGGCUGCACUCUUUCUUGCUAGUGAAGAAUCUGGGUUCAUAACAGCCCAUAACCUAGUCAUUGAUGGAGGCUAUACCUCUGCUAAUAAUAACAUGAAUUUCAUUUAUCAAUAGUCAAAACAAAUUGAAGGAGGCAACAGAUACCUGCAGUGCCAUGAUUAAAAGAGUGAGGUUCUCUUUGAAAGCAUUACUUAAACACUU